GGGCCCGCGAUUGGCCGACCACCGUCCUUGACAGUGUGCACCGCUGCCGAAUGAGUUGCCGUAGAUGGGGUCGCGCCCGGCCACCGGCGACUGUGCCGCUGAUUCCUCGUGACCCUGCAGGGCCGUCCGGUCCGUCUCUGCCGCCGCCGUCUACUGAUCGAAUCGUGUGCGUUCUCAGUUGCCCGACACCGACCAACCAACAAAUCUUGUGACCGACACGAAAUCGGCCGGAUCCAACCCGUCUUUGACUGCGUCAAUGUCAUCGUCCGAGUCAACGGAACAGCCCGGCUGGCUAAGACUCGGUGACCUGGCGAUCGGUGACGGCGGCGUGUGCGUCACGUCUCUGAUCAAGGACAAGAUUCGCGAGUACAUGUUGAACGAGGAACAGCAACAGGCGCCCGCGCCCACUCGCAAAAGCGGCGACACGUGCGUCCGUCGGAUCGGCAACUCGCUGGACCUGUUGUUGCGCGACAGCCGGAACGCCGGGCACGCCGUGGCCGCGGCCACCGCCAGGAACAGGUCGUCCAACACAACCGCCGCGGCCGCCACGUCCGGCUCGACAGUGGUUGUCGCUUUGGCCGCCGCCACCGCCGCCGCGGACGACCACUGCGUGUCCACGACCAUAAGCUCGCCAGCCGACAGCUCCGGGCCCACCUUCGACGGACCGCUGCCGCCGUUGCCGCCUACGUUCACCAAACGUUACUUGUCGUUUGAAGACGAAAUGCAAAUUAGCCGAAUGCCGAUCCCGGCAGAUGACUGUGCAAACAACGAAAUGUCUGUUGACGUUAAUCCCUCAGACACCAAGUCCGAUUUGGAAACCACAACAAAAGUGAAUGGUGAUGGGCCCCAAAAACUUAAUGGAACGGCUCUUGAUGAUGUUAAGGAAGCUAAUGAAACCUCUGAAACUGUAGUCAAAGAGGAAGUAACAGAUGUAAAAACAGAGAAGUUGAAAGCAGAUGAGGCAGAAGAAAAAGAAGUUACGGAAACAGAAGCAAAAGAGAUAGAAUCAGAAAAGAAGACUGAAUCGAAAAGUACUGAUGAACCCGUCAAAAAUGGUAUAUUCGAACCAUCUGAAGAAGAUGAGUCGCAAAAUAACAUUAAAGUAGAAGCCGUUAAAAACUCUGAUAAUAAUGAAAAUAUUACAGUCGACCACGAUAAACCUGACGAUAGUACAGCUAAAGAUGAUGAAGAAGUUAAACCCAUGGAAGUUGAUGAGACGGAAUCAGUUACAAAUGUCAUCACAAAGGUAGAAGUUGAAGAACCCAAAGCGGAAGAAGAUGCUGAAACUUUAGUAGAAGAAAAACUUAACAAUGGAGAUGCAAAUCACAGCAAUGAAGUUAUGAAAAAUUGUGAAGAAAAUGUCAAUCCAGUGAAUGGCGAUGCAAACAAUUUGGAUACUGAAAAAAGUAUUAAAUCUGAAAAAGUUGGCCUUAAAGUUCCUGAAGAAGAGGAUAUUUUAAGUGAAGUUAGUGUUGAUACACUUUCACCUAAACAGAAUGAUGAACCAAUUUCUGCUCGUAAGAGGUCUGCAGCAAGUCAUGAUGAACUUAGUGCUGUUAGUGGAGCAAGUAGUGAUAAUGAUUUACCUAAAACUAAAAAACUUAAGUCUGACGAAGAUACUCAUUUAAUAAAAGAUGAUACUCGUGAACGUUUAAUUAAGAAUAUUGUUCAGUCAAGUAGUAAAAAUGAAGUUGAAUUAUCUAGAAACAUAGAGAAAAUACAAAAUGAAAUUAAAGUAAUCACAGAAAUUGCUCAGACUAAACGUGAUGAAUUAGUGACUCUAAUUAGACUCCAAAAACUUAAAGAGGAGAUUAUUGAACGACUGAUGAUAAAAGUUAAAGAAAUAGAUGCUGUUAAAACUGAUAACAGUAAAGAUUGGAAUUUGCCUGAAAUGUUCCAAAUUAAUUUAAGUCAACCUGAGCAUAUUUUGAGUGAAAAGAAUAUCACUGAUAUUAUAGAUAAUCGUGAGAUUCAGCAUGAAAAGUCUGUUAUCACUAAUUAUGAACAGAAUUGUUAUGCUACUACAUCAUCUACUAGUAUCACACCAGUUGCUGCUCCAACCCCUAAUGAAUGGAUAUUGUCAGACAGAGUGAACAGGGCUAACCGUGUUCAAAGACCAAUAUUGCCCAAACCUACAACUGCCAAUAAUCAUAAGGAAGGUCGCCAAGGACCUAUAUUAGAUGUUAAGCUAAUUAUUGCAGAUCAUCGAUCAAAAAAUCCUGAAACUGCUGUAACAAAAAGAGGUCGCCGUAAAGUGGUUCCCAAUGAUUUUUCAGUACCCACAUCAUCAGCGCCUUUAAGGUAUCCAAAUCCAUUGGGUUUUGGUAAUCCAAUUCAUCAUACUAACGAUGGCAAUUUUAAAACUACUGUCACAAACACCCAUGGCGUUCUAAACAACGUUAUGGAACAUGGGUCUGAACAUAAUCGUUUUAAAGAUGUUCCUGCUUUUCCAGAAGUAACAUUGCAUCCAGUCUCACAGCCAAUGCAAUCACAACAGCAGCAGCAUCAACAACAACAGCAACAACAACAACAACAACAGCAGACAUCUUUGUUGCACGGAAUUUUGACGAAAGGUGCUGGUACACAUCAUUUACCACUUAGUAUGGCUAACCCUCCAACUAAUUAUUCGCCUACUUUAGCAAGACUUCUAACCGCUCCAGAACGUUGCAAGCAAACUAGAGGAAAACGUCAAACACCUGCAGCUACUGUUGUGUCUUCCAAUACGCAAUCACGUAAUGAAAUAACUAUCACUCCCGUUCAAAGCACUUCAAUGUCUUCAACCUUUCAACCAAAGCCAAGUAUAACACCAAAUAUACCACCAGCUCCGGUAGAUGAUGAAGAUGCAUCAGAUAGAUUGGUUAUUGAUGAAGGUCAGGAUACUAUGAAUGCAAAUUCUCCAUCUAGUGCACCUCAAUGCCAAGGUUGUAUGCAAAAACCAGCGCAGUUUGUGUGUGCUGGAUGUGGCAAUCAAUGGUACUGCAGCAAAGAUUGUCAAAUUGAUGCUUGGGACGAUCAUUCAGAAGUUUGUAGCGGUUAAAUUUAAAAUGUAAAACAAGAAAUGUGCCAAAAAGAUCUCUCAAAGUUUACACUAAAAAAAAUUACAUUUGAAGUCUAAUAAGUAUUUAAAUUUGGUUCAUUAUAUGAGCUCCAUAGUAAAUAAUUUUAACUGUGUAUACAACUAUUGUUACAUUGAACAGUGAACACAUAAAAUUAUUUUAAUUAGGUUAAACUGAUGAACUUCGUUUAUAUCUAAUUAUGUGUUAAUAUUUAUUAUUAUUUUUGUAAUUUGUAUCUAAUUGUAUAUUUGAAAAUGUCCUAAUUCCACCACUGGUGUAUUCGAACGAUAGGAACAGAUAGUUGUAUUUUGAGUAUGUAUAAUAUUGUUGGGCAACGACUUAUUUAAUCUACCCACGGUGUGUUUGUUUUUAAUUAAUACAAGUACAGUUGUAUUUUUUUUAACUAUGAGAAAUAUAUCAGAUUUUAAUAUUGA